UCCGGUUCGGAUGAGCUGUGCCAUAGAUUCCAUAAAUUCCUACUUUCAAACCCACUGUUUAGCGGGAAAAAUAAAACUAUCUCUGCUCACAAUACGAGCUCACCGCCACCGUUCGUCGCCGAAAAUCACAUCUAUGGACGGCGGCGCCGGCGCCGGCGAGAGGAGAAGGCACACCGUUGCCUCGAAACCGAACAAGAGGCCUCGGCGGAGCUCUGAAGCAAGGCUCAAAAAGGAAGUUCCCGCCUGCGGGGGAGACAUAGAGGAUACCGUCGCUUUCACCGGAGAAGAAACCACAAAAAUCAGGGCUUCUCUGUUGCACUGGUACGAUCGCAAUCGCAGGGACCUUCCUUGGAGAAGAACGAGUGAUACUAAAGCGAAUGGUGAUGAGGGUGAGAGAGAAAGGAGGGCUUAUGAGGUUUGGGUUUCGGAGGUAAUGCUGCAGCAAACUAGGGUUCAGACGGUGAUAGAUUACUUCAACCGGUGGAUGCAGAAAUGGCCGACUGUUCAACACCUCGCUCGAGCUUCUCUUGAGGAAGUGAAUGAGAUGUGGGCAGGUUUGGGCUAUUACAGACGGGCUCGAUUUCUCUUAGAGGGUGCAAAAAUGAUUGUUGAAGAUGGUUGUGGUUUUCCAAACACAGUUUCUGGUCUUCGUAAGGUUAAGGGAAUUGGUGAAUAUACAGCUGGUGCCAUUGCCUCCAUUGCCUUUAAUGAGGCAGUGCCAAUUGUUGAUGGAAAUGUAGCCAGGGUCACUGCAAGGCUUAAAGCCAUAUCUGCAAAUCCUAAAGACAAGGUGACCAUCAAGAACUUUUGGAAACUAGCAGGUCAAUUAGUCGACCCUUGCAGGCCUGGAGAUUUAAACCAGGCUCUCAUGGAGCUCGGUGCCACAAUAUGCUCCCCUGUGAACCCGAGUUGUGAUACAUGUCCUAUCUCUACUCAGUGUCGUGCUCUGUCACUCUCUGCCCAGGACGAGUCAGUUGUAGUUACAGAUUUCCCGACAAAAGUAGUCAAGGCCAAACAGAGGCAUGAUUAUUCUGCCGUGACUGUAGUGGAAAUACUAGAAAGCCAGGACAUGGAAGAACACGAAUCUAACAGUAAGUUUCUCAUUGUAAAGAGACCAAACGAGGGUUUGCUCGCUGGGCUCUGGGAGUUUCCGUCCGUCUUGUUAGAUGGAGAAGCUGACUUGACCUCGAGAAGAAAGGCUACAGACAAUCUUCUCAGAUCCUCAUUCAACUUAGACACUAAAAGGUUAUACAGUGUAAAUUCAAGGGAACAUGUUGGAGAAUAUGUUCACAUCUUCACUCAUAUUCGUCUUAAGAUGUACAUAGAGCUGUUGGUCCUGUGUCCAAAAGGAACAAGAAAUGUGCCUGGUAGGAAAGAAGGUAAGGAGGAGACUGCAAUGUGGAAAUAUGUUGACAAAAAGGAACUUUCUACCAUGGGAUUAACAUCUGGAGUUAGAAAAGUGUAUGACAUGAUUCAGAAGUACAAACAAAGUAAAUUGGAUUCAAUCUCAGAGAAACAAAGACUGAGAAAGUAGAUUGUAGUGCCACUUGAAGCACACCAAUUGAGAAAGUAUUUUGGCUCAAGAAAAACCAUAACAAUUUUUUUUGGGGUGACGAGGGAAACAAGUAAGCACUACUGGGAUAUGUACUGAGUAAACGAGAGAAAUUAGCAGGCACUAUUGAAGGUGUAGACUGUUCUUGUGUUUGAUUGAAAAAGUAUUUAUAAAAAUGGAACUCAAAUAUUUCACUCAUUUGAUUUUGGAAGUAUUUAAAAUAGAAUGAAAAUUUUGUAAUUUUUGUCUAUACUCGAUUCGGGGGCUCAGCACCACUACUUCACAAACUCUCACAGUGACGAUCACAAAAUAAGUGGCAUUUAUUCACCUAACCUCACUGUGUGGAUAACAAAGGCUCCUUCUCCAGCUCUCUCUCUCUCUUCCUACUUCUUUCUUCUCUGUUCACCGCUAACAUUUAUCGUUCUCCCCCUUCCAUAAAAAAA